GUAGGAGGGUUAGUUGAGAGAAUAUAGUGGUGUGUGUAUAUAUAGGUUGUGACCGGCCUCACACUCCAGAACAGUAGGAGGGUUAGUUGAGAGAAUAUAGUGGUGUGUGUAUAUAUAGGUCGUGACCGGCCUCACACUCCAGAACAGUAGGAGGGUUAGUUGAGAGAAUAUAGUGGUAUAGAUAGGUCGUGACCGGCCUCACACUCCAGAACAGUAGGUGGUAGUGUAUGCACCUGCCAGUUGGUUGCGAUUCGCCAAUAAAAACUUUAAGUAGAAGUGCAUGUCAGAGCAGAAUCUAUACCAUGAAGUCCAAGAAACUCUCUAGAUCUGAGAUAAAAUUGUGAUGAGGCAUAUAGCUGGGGAAGGGUAUAGAACAAUGUCUAGAGUGUUGAAAGUUUCCCAGAGCUCAGUGGUCUCCAUCGUUGGGAAAUUGAAAAAAUAUGGAACGACCCAGACUCUGCCUCGAGCUUGCCGUCCAACCAAACUGCGCAACCAGGCAAGAAGGACCUUGGUCAGGGAGGUGACCAAGAAUGCAAUGAACACUCCCGAGUUCCUUGGCUGUGAUGGGAGAACCUGCCAGAAAGUCUCUACAGUACUUCACCAAUCUGGGAUUUAUGGGAGAGUGGCCAGAUGAUAGCCACUCCUGAGAAAAAGGCACAGGACAGCAUGCCUGGAGUUUGCAAGAAGGCAUGUGACAGACUGAGAUCAUAAGGCAAACAAUUGUGGUCUGAUGAGACAAAUUGAACACUUUGGCCUGAAUGCAAAGUGCUUUGUCUGGAGAAAACCAGACACAGCUUAUCACCUGUCAAAAACCAUCCCUACCGUGAAGCAUGGUGGAAUUCAGCAUCAUGCUAUGGUGCUGCUUUUCAGGAGCAGCGACUGGAAGACUGUUAAGGAUAGAGGGAACAAUGAAUAGAGGCAAAUACUUGAGAACCUGAUCAGAGUGCAAAUGACCUUGGACUGGGGUGAGAUUUGCAUUCCAACAGGACAGUGAACCUAAGCAUACAGCCAAAACAACAUUGGAAUGGCUUCAGAACAAUAAAAGUUAUUGAGUCACCCAGCCGAAGCCCAAACUUGAAUCCCAUUGAAAAUCUGUGGAAAGAAUUGAAGAUUGCUGUUCAUCUCCGCUCCCUAUCGAACUUAACAGAGCUUGAGAAACUCCCCAAAGCCAAAAAAGCUGUAAUCGCCUCCAAAGGUGCUUACAACGUAUUGACUCAGUGGUGUGAAUACUUAUUUAAAUUAUAUAUUUAUGUAUUUCUAAAAACACAUUUUCACUUUGUCAUUAUGAGGUACUGUGUGUAGAUGGGUGAGAUAAUAAAUGUAUUUAAAAAAUGUAAUACAUUUUGAAUUCAGGCUAACAACAAAAUGUGGAAUUAGUCAAGGGGUAUGAAUACUUUCUGAAGGCAUGGUACAUUAAUCUCCUCUUCCUUUAAUUAAUUGCAGGCAUGACAAUAUUGGAUUAGUGAUAGCAGUAUGGUGUAUUCUAUUUUUGGUGCACUUUAGUGAUCUAGGGAGGCAAUGAUUGAUCUAAACUUCAGAUUUGCACCAGUAGUGCUGUAGCAGCGCCACCAGCUCUGCAGUCUACUACAUGUAGGUCUAUGUGCUGGGCUAGAAUAACAAUAUACAGACACUGGAGGACCUCCAAUAAUAGAUUGGGAAAUAUUUAUCCAAUCUGUAGGAUUGCGAGGACCUGUCUUCCGCUACAGCAGGGGGCGACAAUGCAAAAUGUACUAUGCCGUGCACGCACGAAUACUGACAGCGCUCUUUGUCUUCUUGACUUUGUUUACGUUGGUAGCUAGCUGGCUGACAGCUUUCCUAAUUAAAACAUGUCUAAAAUUGAUUUCUUGAGAGUGUUUCUCAACCAGAAAUUGAUAGCUGCAGCGGAAGAGAUAUUUGGUGUCGUUGAAGAAACGAUAACAGAGUACCAGGAAGAGGUUUCUCACACAAAGGAGGAGAACAGGCGUCUACGGAGCAUGCUGGAUAUUCGUUCUAAGCCACAGAUCAAGUUACAUAGACGAGCAGACCUCCAGCAGCUCACUGUCGCCGUGUCUGAUGAGCAGCAGGAGUGGAGCCCCAGUCUGGGGCGGAAGGACCCAGAACCCACACGGAUGAAAGAUGAACAGGGUGAACCAAGAACCAGUCAGGAGGAAGAGAAUCAUUUCAAUGAGUUUAUCAAUUCUUACGGCUGUGUAUCAAGUGGCUAUUAUCAGGACCCAACUCAGUCCUCACAUGGAGAGAGAUAUUCUCUACCCAGCACCUCAACUGAACAGAUCAAAACAGAACCUUAUGUAGAAGACUAUGGUGUAUCAGAACCAACCAGAGAGCCUCAGCCCUUCUCUGCAGUAGAUACAGAGUGUUCUGCAGCUCAGAGUGAAAACAGAGGACAUAUUGACAGGAUGGAGUGUGGAGGACCUCUGUCAGGUCUAAUGUUAAAGCCACUCAAAUCAAAGAGAACAAAGACCGUAAAAGGACAAAGUUCUCAUAGUGUUAAGGACAGGAAAUUGAACCAUCUAAAAUCACACUCGAGACCCAGUGUAAGCUGGGAUGCUGCUCCUAGUUGUAAGGUAUGUGGAAAGCAAUUUGACUCCAUGGCGUCUUUAUUAAAUCAUGUGCAAGCGCACACACAGGAUAAAGAACAUCUUUGUGGUGUGUGUGGAAAAUUCUGUCAGUCUACAGAAAGUAUGAUGGAUCACCUACAAACUCACAUCGGAGCAAAGUGUUGUCAUAUUUGUGGUAAAUAUUUUGCUUGGGAUACUUUCCUGAAAAGGCAUUUGAGGAGUCAUACAGGGGAGAAGCCGUUUCACUGUCAAGAUUGUGGCAAAGGAUUUACUCAGCGUGGACACCUAAACUUACAUAUGAGGAGCCACACAGGGGAGAAACCACAUCAAUGCCAGGAUUGUGGCAAAUGUUUCAGCCAGAAUACAUCUCUGAUAGUGCACAUGAGGACUCACACAGGGGAGAAGCCAUACAUGUGUCCUGUGUGUAGAAAAUGCUUUACCACAUCAAGUAUGUUGAAGAAGCAUGAGACAGCUCACAAACAUAUAGGUGUCUUGAACGUGGCCAAUGCCACAAUGGUUUCAGACCAUACAGAGCCACGUGAAGAGGGUUUACAAAGAGGUGAACACAUGACUGUUCCCUGUGUGUGGGGAGAGAAUCAGACAGCAGACUGAGAGACAUGUGAGAGGAGAAUCAGGACAUAGCCCUCCUCAGGACACUGCUCUCUGAUUAAUAUCAUGUUCUAACAGAGAGCAGUUAGUGGGUUUCUGAGCAACAGGAGUCCCUGCUCAUUAGUUAUAGGAUGUCACAGAGGACAUGAUGUGAUCCACUGUUCUGUCUGUAUAUAAACCUUGCAUUGGUCUUGAGAGUAAUAUGUCACUAUAUAUCUGCCCUGAUGUUGCAAACAGCCUAGUUUUCAGAAUGUUUGUUCCCUUCUGUUUAAUGUGUCAAGAUCUUCCGUACACCAAAUGUCGUACUUACCUCUGAGCCUAAAUCCAAAAUCCACCAAGGGGGAAAAAAAUAAAUGUAAUGUGUAUUUACAUGUAUAGAGAAUUGGUAUGAUACAGUUAUGCUAUGUUCAAUGGGAUCUAAAUAUACCACCUGAAAUGAGAGCUGCUUCUUUCAACCAAUCCAGAUAUUGUACAUUCCCAGACAUACAUUAAGUACUACAGAAUAAAUGGCUGAUAAUGUGUUAA